AUGAGUAGGCAGGGGAGUGAAGAUGAGCGCAUACGUCGUGUUUUAAUGGAAUCCGACAGUGAAGACGACUUAUUAUCCGACAGUAGCGAAAAAGAAGAUCAUGUGAGUACACGUAGUCAGGAUAGUGAUACUGAUCAAAAUGCAAGCAGCGGAUUUGACAACGACGGAAAGCAGCCAGAUGGGCCAUAUAUAGUAAGCAAUAAACCUUUUGAUGUGGUAAAUCGUUUAGUGUUGCCCAUUUCGAAAACUGGCCGCAACGUGACUUUCGACAAUUGGUUCACCAGUUACGAAUUAAUAUCUCAUCUGCUCAAAGAGCACAAGCUUACUUCUGUUGGUACAGUGCGCAAGAAGAAGAGGCAACUACCAAGGGCAUUUAUCAAUUCUCGCGGUCACAGUGCAGCUAUCUUUUCGUCGAAGUUUGCCUUUCAAAAUGAUACAACGCUAGUGUCUCAUAAAAAAAAAAAAACAAGAUUGUUAUACUUUUGUCUAGUCUUCACCACAAUGCUGAAAUUGAUGAAUCGACAGGAGAAAAAAGAAAACCUGAGAUAA